UCUUCCUCUCUCUCACUCACACUCAUUCACUCUCUGUCUGUCUCUCUCUCACUCACACUCAUUGUCUCUCUGUCUCUGUCUCUCUCUCUCAUUCACUCUCUGUCUGUCUUUCUCUCACUCACACUCAUUCUCUCUCUCUCUCUCUCUCUCAUUCUCACUUACACUCAUUCACCCUCUCUCUCUUUAUUGCAGUCGCCAUAUUCGCUCCUUUCUCUAACCCCGAUUACCGUUUAACGUCUAUCGAGAGACCCAGGGAGCUUCUUUCCGCCUCCGUAGAUUCGCAUCAAAAUACCAAGCAUCAGAGUUUGGAAUUGCGGUGAAAUAACUUUCCCUGACUGAGUUUACGAAUGAAACCUCCCUUGUUCUCUUUCUGGAGAAAUAUACAGAGCGCGACUGAAGUUUGCAAAUGUAUUCAUGUAUUGACUAAAAUCACAGCUGACGAAAUACAGCAAACGAAAUGUUUGUUAUGAAUAAAACAUACAACCAGAAAGAAGAAAGAUAUCACUGAAUCGUAUUGAGGAGAGAAAGAGACAAAAAAGAAAACAUGGAAAAUGAAUUGCGUGAGGAGAAAGUCAAAUGUGAGCAAGAAUCAGAGAGAUGUGAUUUUCCAGAUGAGACAACGAAAAAUACAGAAGAGCCAUCAUUUCCCUGCGAGAUUUGUAACAAAACAUUUAAUCAGAAACGUAAACUCACUAUACACAAGCGGACCCAUACAGGCGAGAGACCAUAUCACUGUGAUAUCUGUGGCAGAAUGUUCUCGAAAACUAGCCACUUGAGUCGGCACAAAUAUAUUCAUACCGGAGAGAAACCAUACGAGUGUGAUAUCUGUGGUAAAUUAUUUACGGUGGUAAGUAACUUGAGUAGACAUAAGCGUAUACAUACGGGAGAGAAACCACACCACUGUGAUAUCUGUGGGAAGGCGUUCUCUGAAGCAAGUAACUUGACUAGACAUAUACGCAUACAUACGGGAGAGAAGCCAUAUCACUGCGAUAUUUGUGGUAAAUCAUUCACCACAGAUGGCGACUUAACUCGGCACAAGCGCAUUCAUACAGGAGAGAAACCAUAUCACUGUGAUAUCUGUGGUAAAUCUUACUCUCAGAAUUAUGACUUAACUGUACACAGACGAGUUCAUACAGGAGAAAAGCCAUAUCACUGUAAUACCUGCGGUAAGUCAUUCACUCAGAAUCAUGAUUUAACUAUACACGAACAUAUUCAUACGGGAGAGAAACCAUAUCACUGUGAUAUUUGUGGCAAGGUGUUCACUGUAGUAAGCAACUUAACCAGACACAAACGCAUUCAUACAGGAGAGAAACCAUAUCAUUGUGAUAUCUGUGGUAAGUCGUUCUCUCAGAAUUAUCAGUUAACUAGCCAUAUAUACGUUCAUACGGGAGAGAAGCCAUAUCAUUGUGAUAUCUGUGGGAAAUCAUACCCUGAGGGAAGCACCUUAAAUAAACACAGACGUAUUCACACAGGAGAGAAACCAUAUCAUUGUGUUAUCUGUGGUAAAUCAUUCUCACAAUUAAGUUACUUAACUCGACACAAAUACAGUCACACAGGAGAGAAGCCAUAUCGCUGUGAUAUCUGUGGUAAAUCUAUGUCCUCUCUAACUAACUUAACUAAUCACAGGCAUAUUCACACAGGGGAAAAACCAUAUCAGUGUGAUAUCUGUGGUAAGUCCUUUUCCGAUGGGAGUCACUUGGCUGGGCACAAACGCAUUCAUACAGGAGAGAAACCAUACCCUUGUGAUAUCUGUGGUAAAUCGUUCUCUGAAAGAAGUAACUUGACUAAGCACAAACGUGUUCACACAGGAGAGAAACCACAUCACUGUGAUAUCUGUGGAAGAUCUUUCUCUCAGAAAAUUCACUUAACUACUCACAAAUACAUGCAUACAGGUGAGAAGCCAUAUCCAUGCGAUAUCUGUGGUAGAUCAUUCUCAUCUGGGAGUCACCUAACUAAGCAUUAUCGUAUUCACACGGGAGAAAAACCAUAUCAGUGUGACAUCUGCGGUAAAGCUUUCUCCAGACGAAGUACCUUGAUUUCGCAUAAAUACAUCCAUACAGGUGAAAAGCCGAAUCACAGUGAUAAAUCAUCGUCUGUGAGGAAUGCCUUGACCGAUUACAGA